AUGAUGUCGCAAGCACUUCUCCCGGCCGACCAGGCCAAAAACUCGGCCUUUGAUGGAAUACUGCAUCGCAACUCGAACAAGUCACAAGGAGGCUUCCGCGCCAUGAUGAAUAAGGACAACUCGGCUCAUGUUGCUGCCGUGGAAGAAUACUUUCAGCAUUGGGACGACAAGGCGGCCGAGAACGAGACCGAGGCUGUCAGGCAGGCUCGGACAGACGACUAUGCCAGUUUGACCAGACAAUACUACAACCUGGCUACCGACCUGUACGAGUACGCCUGGGGCGAAUCUUUCCACUUCUGCCGAUUCGCGUUCGGAGAGCCCUUUGCUCAGGCCAUCGCUCGACACGAACACUACCUGGCGAAUCAGAUAGGGAUCAAGCGUGACAUGAAGGUGCUAGACGUGGGCUGCGGCGUGGGAGGCCCUGCCCGUGAAAUGGUCAAGUUCACGGGCUGUCACGUCACUGGCCUCAACCUAAACGAGUACCAAGUCCAGCGCGCGCGGAACUAUGCCGCCAGAGAAGGUCUGGAACACAAAUUGGAAUUUGUCCAGAGCGACUUUAUGGCCAUGCCGUUUCCCGAUAACUCGUUCGACGCGGUCUACGUUAUCGAAGCCACCUGCCAUGCCCCGUCUUUGCAAGGCGUUUAUAGCGAGAUCUUUCGCGUUCUAAAACCCGGUGGCGUCUUUGGCGUCUACGAAUGGCUCAUGACUGACGCAUACAACAACGACGAUCUCGCCCACCGCCGAAUUCGUCUCGACAUCGAGCAAGGCGACGGCAUCGCACAGCUAUUCAAGAUCUCCGACGGCAUUGCCGCCUUAAAGGGCGCUGGUUUUGAGAUGCAGGUCAACCAGGACCUCGCGGCCGACGACGACGGGCCUGCGCCCUGGUACUGGCCCCUGGGCAGCGACUUGAGAUACGCGCAGACGCUGUGGGACGCCCUCACAGUCCUGAGGAUGAACAAGUGGGGAAGGCAAGUUGCGCACGCCUUUUUUGGGUUGCUGGAAGUCGCGCGUAUUGCCCCGGCCGGGACCAGAAAGACCGCCCAGAGUCUCGGGCGGGCGGCCGAUGCCCUGGUUGAAGGAGGGAAGAGGAAACUGUUCACGCCGAUGUACCUGAUGGUGGGCAGGAAGCCUACAUCGCCGUAA